AUGGACCAUUUCUUUGGGGCUCUAAAGGCAGGUGAUUUUAGUGUAUUGGAUAUAAACAUCGAAAGAAAUGGACAAUUAAUUCUUGAAUUGCAACAGUUUUUGAGAUCCAAUGACAGCAUUGACCUUGAGACCCUGAUAAAUUCACAUUCUCUUUAUGAGAACAGAUGGACCAGGUUUAAUAAUUUGGUAAGUUCAUUUCUUGGGUACUGUAAAGAACUGAAUCCAUAUUCAUUAUGGGAAUCGUCCUUCUCUGUGUUCCAAUAUUACCAGGAUUUGAAUACAUGUCUCACAAACGAGACAACAAUGUACCCUAUUGAUUCUUUGGUACCACUGUUUACAGCUACAACAGAAUUGGUCAUUCCAAUGGCUAUUAGAUUGGAUGCUAACCAUAAGAUCAUUGGUACAAGACAGCAUCAGUUUCUGACCCAUAUUGCUUCCAUCAUUUCCAAAUUGUUCAAUAGCAUUAAAGCCAGGGUCGAUGAUGAUAAGGUCGAAUUUGAUCAUUUGUCAGGGAAACAGAAGGUCUUGCUUUAUAUUUCAAACAAAUUGAACAUGAUUUAUUUCAAGAUUAACUCCCCAUCUUCGUGCGCUAACAUCUUCAAGAAUUUGAAACCAAAGUCUAAUAUCUAUUCGUUCAACCAAUACCCGUUGACAGAGAGAAUCCAGUAUAGGUAUUACUUGGGGAGAUAUUACCUAUUAAACCAUAGAAUGGUUAAUGCUUUCCAUCAGUUGAACCAAUGUUACGAACUCCUAGCCACAUUACCCGACUCUAUUGCGAAACAGAACAACAGGAGAAGAUUGUUGAAGUUUUUAGUUCCAUGUGGUAUCAUUAUCAGCAAGUUGCCAGAUUUCAACAAGUUAUCUCAAUGGGACCCUAUCCUAGCACAGAAAUACACAGCUCUUGUGAUUGCCGUUAAAAACGGAAACUUGAACAGAGUAAACUUCUGGCUUUACGAGAACGAAUCGUGGCUGAAAUCAUCUAAAUUGUUGAUUGUUCUAUUGGAAAAGCUACCCAUUAUAACGUUCAGAUCCCUUUUGCGAUCUAUUUUCCUAUACUACUGUAUACCGCGCAAUUCAAAUAAACUACCAUACUCUGUGAUAAGACCAAUUCUAGCAAAAUCCAUCGGUUUAUAUCCACCUGAAAUGCCAUCGAUAUAUAAAGACAAUUACACCGCAGAAUCACUUGAAAAUAUCCUUGUCACACUUUCAAUUCAACAAUUGUGGAAGGGAAAUGUGUUUCCAAGCCUGCAAGUGUGCGUUACGAUGAAGACUAACGAUAUCUCAGUAAUCUUCCCUAAUAUCAAUGAAAAGAUCGUCUCUAGAUUUUCGUUGAACCAGGAAGAUUCCUGGCUCGAUAAGUAA